CAAAGAAUUGGACAUAGAAUUAUUUUUAGAGACAUUUUUUAUUGACAUUUUAUGUAUUACUGAGCAUUGGUUUAAGGAUUAUGAAUUGUUAUUCGGUUUUGAAAAUUAUCAUUUGGCUAGCGCUUUCUGUCGAAAGAUCAAAUUACGUGGUGGCUCCCUUAUUUUUAUCAGAAAUAGUUUAAAAUAUAAAGAACGCAAAGAUAUUACUGGACUUUCGAUAGAGGGCACUAUGGAGAUUUCAUGUAUAGAAACAGAGAAACAUAUUGUUGUGGCCGUAUACAGACCCCCAUACAGUGCUAACUUCACAGUUUUUGAAUCAGUGAUGGAAAAUGUACUGAAGGUCAUAUCCAAAAGUAAUAAAUCCAUUAUAGUGUGUGGAGAUUUUAACGUUGAUUUAUAUGAAGUAGAUUCAAUUACAACUAGAUUUCUAAGUUUGUUUACAUCUUUUAACCUUGUUAAUAUAUUUAUGGAGCCAACUAGAAUUACAGAAACAACUGCCUCAUGUUUAGAUAACAUUUUUUGCAAUUGUGAUUUCCAAGAUAACAGUAUCCUUAACUGUUUUAAGUCUGAUCACAGUGGGCAGUUGGUUAGUUUUCCAGUACUUAAAAAUGUGCAAAAAAUUAAAUUUAGUACUCGACCCAUCACUGAUAAUCGGAUAGAGAAAUAUCGAAAUAGUCUUAUUAGUAACUUACCUUGUCCAAACUUUGAUACAGACAAUCCUGACGAUUUUUACAGGGAUUUCUUCACUAUUAUCCAUAAAGAAUUUGAAAAUAAUUUUCCUCAAAAGGUAGUUACCAACAGUCAAUCAUUCAAGUUCAGUGACUGGGCUACCGUAGGCAUUCGCAAAAGUAGAAAUACUCUUUAUUCUUUAUAUGAGGAAAAAACGUAUACACACGCUGAUAGUUUCAAAAGCUACGUCAAAAAUUAUUCUAAAAUAUUUCGAAGAGUGUGUUAUACAGCCAAACAGAUGCAUAUUAGUAGUAAAAUAAAGACCGCGGAUAAUAAAAUAAAGGCAGUUUGGCAAGUAAUAAAUAGUGAAACAAAGGCUUCUAAACCGCGUGAAUUAGAAUACAAUAUAGAAUCGGGCACUGGGUUAGUAAAACAAGAUAAAGAUGUAGCUGAAGUUUUUGAUAAAUUCUUCACGAACAUCCCUGUAAAAACUACAGAAUCUCUCAGGUCCUCUCCUGUUCAAGCUGAUAUAUUAUUAAAAAGUAAUGUUACUGCUUGCACUGAAUUAUUUGAUUUUAAACGCGUUGAUCCGAGUAUUAUUGUUAAAGUAUUUUUUUAA